AUGAAUGAACAAUUCGCAAGAAGGGUUCAAAAACUGAUGAAAAUCAACAUGAAAAGCGAAGUGCCUCCGGAAAUUAUCUCUCGCCUAGUAAACGACUCAAUCGCUCUGGACAAUCGUAUAAAUGGAAAAUCUGAUAAGGAAGUCAUCGAUAUCCUGAUCCUGAAAGAUGAACAACACGAUUCGAAGUCUAUAGGAGUCAUGUUUCACAUUCUUACAAGUGGUGAAAAUGUAGAUUUGUAUCAAAAAAUGGUUCGUUUCAUAAACGGAGGAGGUGUCGAUUAUUGGCACAAUGCACUGUGUAAUAUGAAUAUGAUAUUGUUUGAAUGCUGGCCACAUAUUCACCUCGCAUGCAAAGAGCAGUUGAUCCGUCUCAUUCGAGAAGCAAUUCGUCAAAAUGUGAAACAAAUCGAAAAUGUUCUCAUGAAUGCCUUCAGAGUCGCAAAUGGAAGUUUUGACAACGUAUCGAAGCAAAGAAUGUUUGCGAGAUUAUCCGCGAUUGUUCGAGAAAAUGAUGUAUGGUUCAAAUCACAAAGAACAGCUGCUGCACUUGUUGGAAGUAUCAUAAUAUGUACAUCUUCCGUUAUUUCAUAUACUCCCGCACCGAUUACAUCACAGGAUACAUUCCGAGAAUCACUGACUGAUUUCGUUUGUUGGGUGAUUAGAAACAAGAAAAUGGACUGUUUGACACUAGGAAGAGAUUUUGUUCUAGUCCUGAUUAGACUCGCAAAACUCCCACAAAUCGAGGAAAUUUGGAAGGAUAUUCUGACGAAUCCUGCAAGUUAUGGAGUAGCAUCGAUCGAAGAUUACUGGGGAAAGAACCACUAUCUCCAGCAUGUCAGAAUAAGCAUAGAAUUGGAGCGAAAGAUUAUUUUCAUGAUACACAGUGGUGGAAAGAAUCUUUUGAUUUACUUUUCAUGGUUCGCUAACAAAUAUUUCCGUGGAAAUGAUGGUCCUGCAUUGAGAGCAGAAUGUGUUCGACACGUUCUAUACUUGCAGCUAGAUGUAGCUAAGGCUCCACCAAGUGCGUUCGAGAAUCGGAUUCAACUACUUCACUUGAUCGUUUCCACCGCGCCUCCUGGUCCAGAGCAACAAUGGUUGAAACUUUGUUUGUUCGCUGAUUGGUUUGGUUGUGACGAAAGGAAUCCGUCGAAUUUCACUUAUGUGGAAAUUCCAUUAUCGGUUGUGAGAUACGCUCUCUUCCUCUCCCCAUCUCCUCCUCAUCAAAAUUCUAUUGUGCAAAGUUCUCAUUGUUCUCACUUUGCCAAUUCUUUAUUAGAAUAUUUAUGCAAAAGUGUAGAUGUUCUAUUUCCUUCAAAUGUAGAAUACAUUCGUAAAAAUGUGAACAACGCAAUGAGAUACUGUAGAGAUCGUCUUCAACAUAAUCUUGCGCAAAUUUUGGAAAACAGUAAAAUUGAUCGAAAAGUUACGGAACUUCUCAGAUCUUUAUUCCCUGAUUUCGUCAGAAGUGGAGCUAUUCCGAUACCUCGACCAAGAAAGAAGCCAACUGAAGAUCCAAAACCUGUACCGAAAGUUCCGACAACGUCGCCAUCCACUUCGGAGUUUUCUGAGAAACCAGAAAAAAUAGAUAAAUCUGAAAGACGAUCUAAAUCUGCAGAAAAAUCAUCUUCCCUUGACAAGCCAUCAUCUUCUAAAGCAGCUGCAGUCGAUUUUGAGAAAAUUGAAAAAGACAAGAAAGAUAAAGAAGAUAAAGAACUGAAUUCAUCUAUCAAAUUGUUGAGAGGAGAGAUAGCUUCAAAGAUGGAAACCCUGAAAUCACAAUGGAAAGAUUUGGAUGAUGAUGCGGAUAAAUGUGAAACUGUUGAAGCACUUUUACUGCAUAUGUUGAAUACGGAAGAGAACUUCGAUGAAGCACAGCAAGAACUUGCUGGUCAAUGUCUUCAAAGAAUCAUGGGAUCCGUAGUCGUUGACGAUAAAUCACUGUUACCAGAAAACGAAAAAGAUUUAUCAGAAUCAUUCACUCAUCCAAUUUAUUCUUUCCUUCGAAUUCUUUGUUCUCCUCCGAAUGAUGACGAUUCUGCAAGAGAUAUAAUGACAACAAUGAUGGCUGCAAUGCGUGAAAAGGACUCAUCUCUAACCUACGUUCUUCUCUACUUUAUCAAAGGAACAUAUGGCUCACGACCGAAAGAAGCCAUAGAAUGCUAUAAAGAUAUUGCAAAAAUGAGUGGAAGAGUUUUGGAUGAGAUGCUUGCUUCCGAUCUUCAGUUAUGUGCAGUGACGGAUAAUCGACUGUUUGCAUACCUUGUUCCGUUUGUGUUCUCACAAUUUGAAGAAGAGGUUAUGGGAACUCCUGCCUUGUUGUCGACACUGUGUGCAAACUUUGAUGCAGUUCAGUUGAGAUCAUUCAUCAGUGAUAUUGUCAGAGAAGAAAUCAAAAUCUUCCGGAAAGAGUCGUUCUCAAAAAUGGUAAUGGAUUCAGUCGAAUGGGCAACUACUCCGCAAUGGGUCUUCUGGCAUCUAGUGCACGCUGAUGGUGUUCCAAUUGAGUGGUUUCUGAGUACGAUUCCAAAAUUGGAUGCGAAAGCUCAUGAUGAGGCAAUCGCCAAUAUUUUGCUGAUGAUGAAGAGAAUGGACCGUGAACCAUGGGCAGGACUUGUUCGAUCACUAUUCUGCCGACUUCCGAACAAAGACGAUACUUUCGCAAUUGACGCUCUGAAAAUACUUAUUGAAGACACCGAUCAGUGCCACAAAGUGGGUGAUGUUGUUGCUGGAUUGAUCAAAAAAUUAAUAGGAAACAAUGAUAUACUUGGUGUGGGAGUUCGUGUUCAGAAAAAGGGAAACCCUCUGAAAUUGACUCUGCAACAACUUCUCGAACACUUGCAGCACUUCAGUGCUACUUGCGUUGAGAAGAAGCAUAGAUCCACUGAAACAUUCAUGGCCAGAACUUCGUUACAGGAAGCAUUCGCUGCUAUCAAAGUGAACGAGAAAGCGAAUUUGUUGGUGAAAAAAUAUGGCAAUUUGUUUGGCGCAAUGGACAUAAUUGCUCAGGACACAAAAGAGCAAUCUUCUUCAAGAACUUUGAGAGGAAACAGGCAAGGAAGUGGAGGAGAUAAGCAGCAAACGCAGCAACAGAAGCGGAAAGCAAAUGAUACGGAUGAUGAACAGAACAACAAGAAACGGAAAAUGCACAAAGACAUUAUCGAGCUGAGCGAUUCGGAUUCUGACUAA